GCAUCUCUGGACUGUUAUUAGUUCGUUAUCGUGUCUUUUCUAAAUAAACGGAAAAAGGGUAAUUGUAUAAAGUUUGACAAAAUAAAAUGCCGUACGCUAAUCAACCAUCGGUCCAUAUUUCGGACUUAACCGAAGAAAAUGUGAAAUUUCAAGUGGAAGAUACCGAAUUGAGCGUUGCGAAUAGCAUGAGGCGUGUCUUUAUCGCCGAAACUCCGACUAUGGCUAUUGAUUGGAUACAACUGGAAGCCAAUUCUACUGUUUUGAGUGACGAAUUCUUGGCACAUAGGAUUGGGAUGAUACCAUUGAUCAGUGAUGAUGUAGUCGAUAGAAUACAGUAUACAAGAGACUGUCAAUGCAUGGAUUUCUGUCCAGAAUGUAGUGUGGAAUUUACUCUGGAUGUUAAAUGUACUGAAGAGCAAACUAGACAUGUAACUACUGCAGAUUUCAAGUCAAGUGAUCCUAGAGUGCUACCUGUCACAUCCAGACACAGAGAAGAUGAUGCAAGUGAAUAUGGAGAAACAGAUGAAAUUUUAAUAGUAAAAUUGAGAAAAGGACAGGAAUUAAAACUUAGGGCAUAUGCAAAGAAAGGUUUUGGAAAGGAACAUGCGAAGUGGAAUCCGACCGCUGGUGUAAGCUUCGAGUAUGAUCCUGAUAAUACUAUGAGGCAUACUUUAUUUCCUAAAGCGGACGAGUGGCCCAAAUCAGAGUACAGUGAAUUAGAGGAGGAUCAAUAUGAGGCCUCAUUUAAUUGGGAAGCCAAACCAAACAAAUAUUACUUCAAUGUGGAGAGCAGCGGGGCCUUGAAACCCGAAAACAUCGUCAUGAUGGGGAUUGCAGCGUUAAAAAAUAAAUUAUCGAAUCUGCAGACACAAUUAAGUCAUGAAGUGCAAAGCGAUGCGUUGAGCAUCCAUCAUUAGAAAUAGAUU